AUUUCCUUCUCCCUUCAGUCCUUGGAUCAUCCGUAAGCCACCAGUUAGGGUUCCCUUGAGCUCUUGCUUCUUAUACUUCCAGUCCGCUCUCCAACUGCACCGCGCUCGACCGUCGGUCCUUUGCAUCCACAACAGCCCUACCACCUCGGCCAACAAUUCCCUUCCUAAUUCCAGAGGCACCGUCUCUUCAGCCUAGGGAGCAGUUGUUGGGUGCCCAAGCAAGCUCGUAGCCCUUGCGCUCCAUAAAUUCCCUUUUGUCGCAUUUUCUUAUUGUCGCAAAACCAAAUUCAAGCUUGCGCUCAUGUGGCAGCGAGCUUCCCGUGCCGCGUUCGCGGCGUCUUCCUUUCUAAUCACGGUUGCGAAUGCUAUUCCGCAUGGAGAUGAUGAUGGAAUGCACAUGGACAGCGGCAUGGACAUGUCCAGCCACGAUUCGCAACCCACGGAAAACACAGAGACGACUGACGACUCGCCUAUGAGUUACUUUGCCUAUGGCAAGCAUAGCGGCGCAAUCAUGGCGCACAUCGGUCUGAUGGUCGUUGCCUGGUGCUUCAUCCUCCCAAUUGCGGUCAUGCUCAGUGUUGGACGAUCCCGCUUUGCCUUGCCGUCGCAAUUCCUCUUCCUGGUGCUUAAUGCGGUUGGGAUGCUUGUCGGAAUAAUCUACAACAGCCAGACCCCAGAUCUAUACGAAAACAAUGCUCAUCACAAGAUUGGUUGGAUCGUGACCUGGGUUAUCAGCGCUCAAGUGAUUAUGUCGCUGAUUUUCGCCUACGCCGGACGAGGGGAGACCGAAAAUAGCUCCUAUGAACGCGCAGCGUUCCUUCCUGUGUCGACCGAUGAAAUGGCCGAUAGCCACCACACCUUCCCUACUGGCCCUCGUCACUCAUAUCGUUGGUCGAGAGAUAGCGGGCAGGGAACUGAAAGAAAUUCCUCCUCGAUCCACUGUCCAGAGUCGCCAUCGUGUGCGUCCGCAUCGGACGAGUACGACGGCUUCGAAAAACCCGAGGACCCUGUCCCUGAGAACCCCCCUCAGUCACACAGACCCAUGCGCAUCCCCAUUGUUGACCGCUUCCUGGCCAGCUGUGUGCCGGGUAUGGUGUCCAACCGUGUGCUCCGCGUCCUUUCGGUCAUCUACAAGAUCAUCGACAGGAUCAUCCUGCCUUUUGGCUUUGUCGCUCUUGUGACUGGUUUUGUGACCUACGGCGGUAUUAUGCGCGGCAAGGAAGUUUUCAACGGUCUUGCGCAUUUCAUCAAAGGCGGAAUCUUCGUGUGGUACGGUCUGUUGACACUAGGACGAAUGCUUGGCUGUUGGGCAGAUCUCGGCUGGGCCUGGAAUGUGAAACCGUCCAGCGCUAUUGUUGGGAAAUGGAAGGCCAAAGUCCCUACUGGAGAGUUCACUGAGUCGUUCGUGAUCUUCCUCUAUGGUGCGAGUAACAUGUUUCUGGAGCACCUCACAGGCUGGGGCGGCAAGUGGACUGCGACCGACUUUGAGCAUGUCUCGAUCUCCAUCAUGUUCUUUGGUGGUGGACUGUGUGGCAUGCUAUUCGAGUCGAGACGCGUCAAGAGCUGGUUGAACAGCACUGUCCUGCAAUAUCCAUCCCACAUGAACGCUCAUACCUCCAGCGAUACUGCCUGGCAGCUUCCUGACACCCAGGGUGUUUCCCUCAACCCUAUGCCUGCAUUGAUUAUCCUUCUUCUGGGCAUGAUGAUGGGCUCUCACCAUCAAGACAGCAUGGUAUCGACAAUGGUGCACAAGCAGUGGGGCAACCUUCUUGUCGGAUUUGCGCUUGCUCGGGGCGUGACUUAUGUCCUGAUGUAUCUGAAGCCGCCUACCUCCUACUUGCCUGCUCGUCCGCCAACUGAGAUCGUGGCUGCCUUCUGCCUCAUUUCUGGUGGCCUGGUUUUCAUGCUUAGUACACGCAGCGUGAUUCAGGCUAUGGAAUACUACGACCUCGAUGCGAUGUUUGUGUUCACUGUCACCAUGGGCUUGACCGCCUUCGUUAUGGCCUACGAGAUCCUCGCGAUCGCCCUCAAAGCCUGGGCGGUGAAACGGGAAUCCCGUCCCCGGCUCCCACCUUAUCAGUUCCCCGCUUGAAUGAAAAUAUUAUCUACAUCGUGUAUACUGUGGUUUCUCAGUCCAAGGAGACCUCAGGAGCACUUUACAGAUGAGGAUACACGAGAAAGAACCCCGCAAAAAAAAGAUUUGCUUUCCACAGCAUUAUACCCCCCACGGAUAUCGGUUAUCCUUCGGCCUGGUGUUGGAGCGCAGGAUUCGAGCUCUGACGAUGAACAUGACCCCAUUUACCACGGCCUUUUUGCGAUGAAUCUUGUCUUAAUGUGAUGCCCAUGAAUGAAUGAUCUGCCUGAAUCUCUGAGGCAAUAAUGAGGAGGAUAUGAGGGCCAUGUAGUAAUCAAGUUGAUACCUGAUAAUAAGGGCUUAAUAUAUGAACAUUUGGU